CUUUGCAGCACCUUCAACUACUAGUAUAUAUCCCUGUCUAGCAUCGAUACAAUGGACAGAGAUAGCCUGAUUGAGAAAUACAAGAACAGCCCAAACGUUGAUAUGGUUGACAUAUUUAUAAGAACAUUUAAAGAUUAUGACAAGGACAUCAAUGGAACGAUGAAUGCAGACGAAUACCGAACCAUGGCAAGGGAGGUUUUCGGUGAUGACCUAAGUGAUCAAACAAUCCAACGGUCCUUUCAAAAUUUAGAUAGAGAUCACGAUGGCCAGCUUUCUUUUUACGAGUAUAUGGAUGGCUGCAUGAACCUGGAAUAAGCAGUAAAGUUUGGAGAAGAGUGGCAUGACCUCGCUAUUCUUGCCGCGAUUCGUGUGGCGGAUUGUGAUACAGCUUAUUAAAUUAUAAACAUUCAUAAUGUACACAGCAAGAUGCCCAGGUAAAGGAUGUGCACAUCAAUACAUGAGGAUCCGAGCCUACGAAAGUAAUGGACCAAGGGCACAAUACAGACCGGAUAGGUUCUAGGAGUCCUAGUUGGAAGCCCUUCGUGAUGCUCA